CCUUUCUUCCUCCAUUCCAGGACCAAGGAAGCCACUGUAAACGACGUGCUGUGAGGGACUGUGAUGGACCCACUUAGGGCCCAACAGCUGGCUGCUGAACUGGAGGUGGAGAUGAUGGCCGACAUGUAUAACAGGAUGACCAGCGCGUGCCACCGGAAGUGCGUCCCUCCCCACUACAAGGAAGCGGAACUUUCCAAGGGGGAAUCGGUGUGUCUGGAUCGAUGCGUCUCCAAGUACUUGGACAUCCACGAGCGGAUGGGCAAAAAGCUGACCGAGCUGUCCAUGCAGGAUGAAGAGCUGAUGAAGAGGAUGCAGCAGGGCUCGGGGCCGGUGUGAGCCCCGCCCCUUUGCACUUGUCAAUAAAACUAUUGGUGACUGUG